AUGUCUAUUGUUCUAGAAGAGUCAGAUUCGGAGAGUGAAGACACAGCUCACUCAGAGUCCAGCACACCUCCACGCAUAUUAAAAGCCAAGCGCAAAUAUAGCUGUGGUCGCCCCCGCAAGAAAGGCACACCAAACUCAGAACUGUGUGAUGACCAAAAUCAGACUCAUCAUAAAGAAGAUGCUGAUAGUAAUAUAGUAACAGUUACUAAAGGAGAGAGCACGUGUAUAAAGCCUGGAGAUGAAACUGCUGAGGACAACAGCUCGCCUCCAUGUUCUUCUGAGUCCAACUACAGUGUCAGUGCACUUCUGCCAACAGCCUCUUCUUCCACAGCAGAAAGCACAGUGGACCAGGAAUCACCUUGUCAAGGACUUGGAAGUCAGUGCUCCAUCUGUGAUGAAAGGACAGGAAGUGAAGAUGGGAGUCAAGGGAGCAAAGAGCUUGCUUCUCCUUCUUCAGGGUCAUUUAUUCUGAAAGACCGGCUGUUUGGUGUUCUUCCUCCACUGGAAAAAAAACAGUUGGAUGAUAGUCCCAGCUUUCCACAGACACCUGUGCUGCCAUUUCUGCCACUGCUGGGAUUUCAAGAAGGCCUGAAUCUCAGUCCCUCUCUUCUCACAUCACCAGCUCGAGGCCUCAGUCCCACACUGCUGCCUGAGGGACAGGAGGAACUGCAGAUGUUAUUUGAAGAUGUGUGGGUGACUCCUAAACCUGCUGCUCCCAAGAGUGAGGAAGAGGACAAAUGUUCAGAUGACAUCACCAGGACCCCCAAGCACCCCCAUAGGAAAAAAGGCAUCAAAGGACACCUUAAAAGGGCCUCUAGAAAAGGCCAGACUGUUUCAUGUCUGAGCCAUAAGAAGAAAUGUGUGAACGGAUUUAUCAUGUUCUGUCGCCUGAACAGGAGAUUGUAUCUCAGAACCCACCCAGGACUUCCUUCUACUGUCGUGACCAAAGAGCUGGCUAACUUGUGGCACAUCAUACCUAAACAAGAGAGGCGUGUUUACUGCUUGAAGGCCCGACAGUACAGUCUUCAGCACAACCGUAAUGUUCGCUUUGAAUUCCAUGAGGCAGAAGAGGAAAAAGAGGACUGCGUUCCCAGUCCACUGCACAUGUUACUGGCACACAGAGACCAGUGGCUCACCUCCAGUGGAACGGCAUGAACAUGUUCUUUAUUCUCUCAAUACAAUUUGCAAUUGUCACCAGUAACUUAAAGGUACCUGGUUAGUUUGAUCAGCAAAGACAUGUUCGGUCCCUGAAAUUUGCUUCAUUCAUUGUCUAGUUCACAAGUAAUUGAAGCUUACAGCCACCAAUUUAGCACUGUACAAAGUACGUGUUUAUUGUGUCUUAUAAUUAAACAGUAGCAUCAUCUUAACCCAUGUUCAGAUUUGAUGAUGUGGUUUCUUAAAAAAAUAUUUUGAAGAAUUUCUUUAUGCUUUUUAUGCUAUUUUAUGUACAAAGUGUGUUACUGGGUCAAACUGUAUUUUAAGGUGAGUGUGUGUUGAUUUAGACAUGAUGUUAAACUGGUAGCUAUAAGCUUCCAAUACACUGAUCUAUAAUCUAUUAUAGGACUGUGGCUUCUGAAUAGAACCAAGGAAGCAAAAUCU